AGCCAUUCAAUAAGUAUAUCAGAUUUUUAUGAUAUUUGUAGAAUAUGUUUAGAAAAUAAAGAAAAUAUGUUAAAUGUAAAUAGUGAAAUAUUAUUUAUGUUAGAAGAAUGUUCUUCUGUACAGGAAUCCGAGAGUAAAUUACCCCAACAAAUAUGUAAAAGCUGUAACAAUCAAUUGAAAAAAUCUUAUGAUUUUCGACAAAAAUGCUGUGCAUCGCUAGAAUUAUUGAAUGAAAUUCUCGAAACGAGUAAAAACGGAAUAAAGAAAGAAGAACCCGAAACACUAACAGAUAAUUAUGAUAUGCAUCUAGAAAUAGAAAUCAAAUCCGAGGAUAAUCAAACAGCAGAUGACAAUGAUUCGCAAAAUUUAUUACAUUCACCCGAUCCCGAUAUAAAAGAAGAAGAUAGCGACAACAAUAGUACGGAUAAUGUAUCAGAAAUUGAAAAAACAGAAAAAACAAAAAAUAAAAUACGAAAGUCAAAAAAGAAAACCGCCACAUCCGAAGAAAAUUUUGAUUAUAUUUGUGAUUUAUGUGGUCGGACAUUUAAAAAACGAUCACACUUGAAAGUCCAUCAAAAAACACAUAUAGGUCCGAAAAAUAAUGAACCUGAUCGUCGUGAAUUAUGUUAUCUUUGUGGAAAAUUCAUUAUACCAAAAUGUUUAAGCUACCAUUUAAGUACCCAUAAAAAAUUACAAGAGAAAUACACGUGUAAAAUAUGUGGCCGUAAUUAUGCCACAAAGAACAUUUUACAAAAACAUGUGAAAAAGAAACAUACGGAUGCGGUCAAUAUACGAUUUUACUGUGAUAUUUGUAACAAAGAUUAUGUGUCACGUGGUUCAUUAAAGAUUCAUAAAUCAUUUGUACAUAGCGAGCAACGUAAUGAGAAGAAACAUUGUUGUCCAUUAUGUGAUAAAAAGUAUAAAUUAACUAGUCAUAUGAAAGCACACAUUAAUGCAGCGCAUAAAGAUUUACGACCGCAUGCGUGUACAAUAUGUAGUAAAGCGUUUCAUACGCGAACGUUGUUGAAGAAACAUAUGCGAUAUCAUACUGGUGAACGUCCGUUUGUAUGUACGAUUUGCGGAAAAGGUUUUCCAACGAAAUACGGUUUGACCACACAUAUGAAGGUACAUUCGAAAUAGUUUCGCGAUUGAAAU